AAAUGUGAGGGGUCACAAUGGGGGGAUAAAUACAAGGGCCGGUGGGCUGCGAGGGUGUCGCAGACGAAGACAGGAUCUUCUCCCUCCCUCUCUGUUCUCUCAGCACUCCUCCCAACCUCAAAGAGUCAGGAUGCCUCACGCAUACCCUUUCCUCACUCCUGAGCAGAAGAAGGAGCUCAGCGAUAUCGCUCAGAGGAUUGUUGCUCCCGGCAAGGGAAUCCUCGCCGCUGAUGAGUCCACCGGAAGUGUGGCCAAGCGUUUCCAGAGCAUCAACGCUGAGAACACUGAGGAGAACAGGAGGCUGUACCGCCAGCUUCUCUUCACCGCUGACGACCGCGUCAACCCUUGCAUUGGCGGCGUCAUCCUCUUCCACGAGACCAUGUACCAGAAGACCGACGAUGGCAAGCCCUUCCCCCAGUACCUCAAGGAGAGAGGCAUGGUGGUUGGCAUCAAGGUCGACAAAGGUGUUGUCCCCCUGGCCGGAACCAACGGCGAGACAACCACCCAGGGUCUCGAUGGACUGUAUGAGCGUUGCGCCCAGUACAAGAAGGACGGCGCUGACUUCGCCAAGUGGCGUUGUGUUCUGAAGAUCACUCCCACCACUCCCUCUCGCCUGGCCAUCAUUGAGAACGCCAACGUCCUGGCCCGCUAUGCCAGCAUCUGCCAGAUGCACGGCAUCGUCCCCAUUGUUGAGCCCGAGAUUCUUCCCGACGGCGACCACGACCUGAAGCGCUGCCAGUACGUCACUGAGAAGGUCCUGGCUGCCGUCUACAAGGCCCUGUCCGACCACCACGUGUACCUGGAGGGCACCCUGCUCAAACCCAACAUGGUCACCGCCGGACACUCCUGCUCACACAAGUACAGCAACCAGGAGAUCGCAAUGGCAACUGUCACCGCUCUGCGCCGCACCGUGCCCCCCGCAGUCCCUGGCAUCACCUUCCUGUCCGGUGGCCAGAGCGAGGAGGAGGCCUCCGUCAACCUGAAUGCCAUGAACCAGUGCCCUCUGCACAGACCCUGGGCCCUGACCUUCUCCUAUGGCCGCGCUCUGCAGGCCUCUGCCCUUAAGGCUUGGGGUGGCAAGAAGGAGAAUGGAAAGGCUUGCCAGGAUGAGUUCAUCAAGAGAGCUCUGGCAAACAGCCAGGCCUGCCAGGGAAAAUAUGCUUCCUCUGGAGGCAGCGCUGCUGGUGGAGAGUCACUGUUCGUGGCCAACCACGCUUAUUAAGCAUAAACACCCUUCUUCCACCAUCGCCACGUCACACUGGAAGAGGGCGUGUCCUCCGCUGUCCACCGCAGUAACAGUAACAGCUGUUUGUCCAGCAUCUUGGUAGAAGACGGAGGAGAAUAAAGGAGAAGGCUUUCCUUGGGGUUGUUGCUGCAGUAAGAAGAUUCUGAAAAAUGUUCUGCCUCCAUUCCCUCACCUUUUUGUUUUUAAACGCCUUUUUUUACAGGUGAAGAUUUCCUCACUUUUUACACAACCUUUACUUUUUUCCAUGGAUCGUUUUCCACCAACAAGUACAAGAUUUGUACUGGCAACAAGGAAUAAAGUAUUCACCCCAAUGUGUGGC